AGCACUGCAACGCACGGCCCCGCCCCCUCUUUCUCCUCCCACGGUUUCCUUUUUCUUUCCGCCGCGGCAACAUUGAGCCGGGAUCGAGCUGCCGCCCCCCUUUCCUAGAUAGAAGCCAUAAUAAUUCCACCGAUCCAUUGCUGCCUCCCCGCACCUGCGCGUUUAUAAGCACGGCCAGUGGGGCGCUCGUGGAGGUGUUGCUCUCUCUCGGGACACGCAGACGCAGGCCACAAGAUCAGAUCAGGGAGAGAGCGAGGGGUAGGAGGACGCGACGACGGCGAUGUUUAGCGGCACGCAGCAGAAGUGCAAGGUGUGCACCAAGACGGUGUACCCCAUGGACCAGCUCUCCACCGACGGCGCCGUCUUCCACCGCGCCUGCUUCAAGUGCCACCACUGCAAGUCCACCCUCUCGUUUAGCAGCUACUCCUCGUUUGAAGGAGUGCCAUACUGCAAGCCCCAUUUCGCGCAGCUCUUCAAGGAGACCGGGAGCUACAACAAGAGCUUCCAAUCACCCGCGAAAAGUGCAUUGGAGAAGUUGACUCCUGAGCUGACUAGAUCUCCAAGUAAAGCCGCGGGCAUGUUUUCAGGAACACAGGAUAAGUGUGCCACUUGUGGUAAAACAGCAUACCCUCUUGAGAAGGUAACCGUUGAAGAGAAGUCUUACCACAAGUCCUGCUUCAAAUGCUCUCACGGAGGCUGCGCCCUUUCGCCGUCCAAUUACGCAGCGUUGGAAGGCAUCCUCUACUGCAAGCACCAUUUCUCCCAGCUUUUCAAGGAGAAGGGCAGCUACAACCAUCUAAUCAAGUGCGCUUCGGUCAAGCGCGCAGAGGCACAAACAAAAGCACAGCCGGCUACCGAUUCCUCCUGAUUGUGCCGUGUCUCCAGAGUGGGUUUUGAGGGCGAAAGUCUGGAAACCCUGCCCUUUCACUUGUACCCGCUGUGUGCUAUGUCCUAGCUCUGGGGGUACUGUGUGCUAUGUUCUAGCUCUGGGGAUACCAGGACCUAUCUAUUUCGUAUCCCCUUAUGUGCUGGCUCGUUCACAUUGCUGAACCAUGGAAUCCAGUUAUUUCGAAAGAAAUUGUUGUGCAUCAAGUAUUGGGUUUGCUUUGUUGGUUGCUAAUUUGCACUUAUGAGUUCCUUGUGUAGCUCAAUUGUUCAAGUUGACUUGUACAACAUUUUGCUGUCU